AUGUUGAUAUUCGUGAAAGGUACAGAUCUGCACUUUUUCCUUGGGGUACACUGUGCUGACAUUUGGCCAGUGGAGGGAGCGGUUCAUGAGCUCGAGGUUGAGAGCUCUGACCUCGUUGACAAUAUCAAAACCCGACUAGAGGGAUUGCUAAGUAUUCCAGCUACACGACAAGUCCUCAUAUACGGAGGGAAAGUACUCAAUGAUGCGAACACCCUCUCAGACUAUAAUAUCCUGAAACAGUCCACCUUGGAUCUUGUCGUGCGUGCCCCUCAUCCGGCAUCGUACUCCAGUAUUCCCGUCGAGUCAGUAUUUCCUGACCGGGCUGCCGCAAAGGCAAGUAUACAAGCAUGGAAGGCUAAAGCGGAGCAAGGAGGGUUUGACGAUGACAUCUGUCUCGUUGACCCUCAGGCCCACUACACUGAGCUUUCUUUCCUUGAGCAAGACGUGGUGCAGAAGUCUGAGUAUUUCCGUCGGCAAGGGUCAUACAGUACCGCCUUCGACAAUGACACUUCUGCACUAACGCGGCGCCAGGAUGAGUUGCAUCUGGUUCCGGCAUGGAUGUGGGCGUUCAUUCAAGAGCAGCUCUCGGAAAACUCCGGAAAGCACUGGCGAUCCUCCCAACAGGAACUGGAUUCACUUUGGACAAGUUAUCUCAUCCUGUGCCGGGUAUUGGCAAACUUCGAUGCUCUCAGCGAAGCUAAUUUCUGCACGUCUUACUACAGCAUUCUACUUGAGCAAUCUGACAGGAACGUCGCUGAAAUCGUGAAAAUUCCCCGGGACACCUUGGACGAUAUCAAGACCGGAAUAGAGGCAGCUGCGUCGCAAAUUUGCGCUACUGAUAUCAACCCUGACCGGAUCUACAUGCAUCUACUCGCAUGUGUUGAAGGACCAUGUUCUAAAUUGCUCAAGAUAUUACACCUACCGACAUCCGAUCUGUCUGAAUCUAGCACGGCGAUCUUGGCUCUAUGCAGAGCGCUGUCAUUGCUCGCAGACCUUGGGCUUGUUUCAUAUGUUGGGUCGCAUACGACUCGUUUUGAUAAGGAAAAUCUUUCCAAGGAGAUCCAGGUCACCGAUGUUGGCAAUGGCGACAGCGAUUCGCUGCAUUUCGACUGCCGAACGCGGUCACUGGCUUGUUUGAGUGGAUUCCUCGAUGGGGAGCAAGUCUGGGUGUUCCGAUGUAGCAUUGGCAAGCUCAAGGCACUUCCUCUGAAAGAUGAUCCACACCCAGGGCUAUACAUCCUCACCCAUAUCGAAGAGUUUGCAGAUGUAUGGGGUCCGGUAUGGUCAAUGUCAGCCGAAAAAGGUCCACCAGGGUCGAUCCGGCAACACAAUGUCUCGAAAGGGGUCAUCUGUCGCGUGGAUGAGGCUGCAACCCAGGAAGGAAAGCCAGUCAGAUGUCAUUGGUAUGGAUGGGGCAAGUUUCAGAUGCGACGUGCGCACCGCCUUUUGUCUUUGUCGAAACCACUCUACCUUGAGAAGGACGAUCUGCUUCUGAUUGGCACACGUUCCAGAGACAACCCGGAUUGUAAGUAUACCCUCGACCAAUUUGAAGCAGACUAUGGGCACGAAUUAGCCGUCCUUGGUGGUGAAUGUUCAGUCUGGGAAUCAGAGCUUGACUCAAGGAGCGGUAGCCUCUCAUUCUCUAAGAUCUUCGGUGUCUCUGUAUCGGGUACACAGAAGAGACGCCCACAGACCAGCCUCAAGCAGCUGAUUCUAGCCCGAUGGAAGACAUCGCUGCAGACGGCAAACCCUGGAGUUUUGAAUCAAUACUAUGGAGUGGAAGUCAGCCAUUGCACAGGAAACGCACGACGAGUCCGAAUCAAAGAUCUACUUCUCAUGUCAACCAUUCAGUCACUGCUUGAACUUCAUUUCCCGCAAUGGUCAAGCCUCCCAUGGGGCAGCAUGUUCUCGGCGGCAUUGCAAAGCGACGACCCAGAAGCUGUUUUCGAAGUAUGGGUGAGAUUUCAGGAAAAUAGGGCAGAUAUGGCGGCACUCGUUUGCUAUGUACUCGAAAUUUUAGACAAGACUGGCAAAAGAGAAGAUGGACUUGCUGCUGCAUUCCUCAACAACCGCCAGGAGUACUCAAUAACUUUCGAUGACCACCUCAACGACUGGUCGAGUCUGCUUCGAGACACACACUUGAUGGCGACUUACGCCGUUAUCAACGACGUAUGCAUUGAAUGCCACACGCCUGAUCAUAGCACUGCAACUUGCAACGGGGAAGCUGCCUGUACAGUCCUUGGAACUCGGCUGGGGUUUGAAAGCGCGGUAACUCCGGAGCUGGUGAGAGUGCAACCCCAUGGCCAGUUGUGCAAAAUUCUCGAAAGGCUCGAUCCCGAGACAUUACGUAUGUCGCCCAUUUCCGGCGUCGCGAUGGCAGGUGUGAUCUUGUCCAUUCCGCGAGUCGCCUCAGGGGUAGAGAUCCGAGACGUGACUGUUAAAGCCGGACGGCUGUACAAGAUCUUCCUACGUGCUUCCAAUACAAGCUACGGCGGUAUGAGGAUUAGACGACGCCGGGUUCGAGCUGGUCAAGCUGGAUACGCGCAUCAAGACGCUGGGAAUCGGAUAUUAGGAGCGUCCUCUGCCCCUAGCCACCUUGAACCCCCGAGAAGUGUUUCUGCAUUUCGACCUGCUGACCGCAUAGAACUUCCCUUGAGCCCAACUGCACGACUUCAGGUUUCAGGUGCGACUGCGCCCACGUAUGUACACAGUGCCCUCAUCCAGGACGGCUUCUCAAGUCGAGGUAUUAGUCAUUUCGACCCUGCAAGUGGAACGACAUUAACUCCUGAUUUAAUACUACCGCGACUACUAUUUCCAACAGAUGAUGAUGUGCGUACGCGGCAUGGCCAACAAUCCCCACCGCUACGAUAUGGUACUGGGACUGCGCGAGACCAUUCUCCUUUCCGAGCUCCAGGCCGAAUGCUUUCAGAUGAGCCUUCCAGCACUGGUACCGCCUUGCGUACCUUACAACCCGAUUUCCACGGGUCCAGCGCAGUUAAUGCAUACAGCGAUAUUAGUCAUAGCCCUAGUCUAAUGGAAGACAUCGGAAAUUAUGAAGUUGAUAAUCUCGAGGAACGUUCCCGGGGGGCGGGCAUACUAUAUGAUAUCCACAACUAUGAGAUCGGCGAAGAUUUUGAGGCUGAGGCUGGAACCAGCAAUGUCCAGCAGACCGCGCUCCGGGAGAAUAUCUCAUCCGGUACAAACAGAGAUAGGUUGGCUGGCACUGGUACAAAUGCGUCAUCACUCACUCCCCAGGCGGUACACUCAGGCAUCCCGAACGGUGCCGACGGUGCGUGGGUUAAUAGCGCCAGGUCUGCGAGGAAGGCCGCUGUGGGUUUCAAAGGGAUAAUAGGACGUAUUUUCAGGAAGAAGUGA